CAACACAACAGGAAAUCCUUAGACAAAAGGGAAAAAAUACAUGCACUGAGUGUGAGGAAAAACGUCAUUCACAGAUCAAUCCUUUCUGUUCAUCUGAGAAUCCACACAGGGGAGAGGCCCUACGAAUGCCAUGAGUGUGGGAAAACCUUCAAUCGCAGCUCAAACCUUUCUAAACAUCGGAGAAUCCACGCGGGGGACAGGCCUUACGAAUGCAGUGAUUGUGGGAAAACCUUCACUCACAGAUCAGCCCUUUCUGUGCAUCAGAGAAUCCACACAGAUGAGAGGCCCUAUGAAUGCAGUGACUGUAGGAAAAGCUUCACUCACAGUUCAGCCCUUUCUAGACAUCAGAGGAUCCACACAAGUGAAAGACCCUAUGAAUGCCGUGAGUGUGGGAAAACCUUCAGUCGCAGCUCGCACCUUAUUAGUCAUCAAACAAUUCUCACAGGGGACAGGCCCUACGUAUGCAGUGAGUGUGGGAAAACCUUCACUCAAAGAGCAGCCCUUUCUGUUCAUCAGAGAAUCCACACAGAUGAGAGGCCCUAUGAAUGCCUUGAGUGUAGGAAAAGCUUCACUCAAAGAUCAGCCCUUUCUGUUCAUCAGAGAAUCCACAAAGAUGAGAGGCCCUAUGAAUGCCGUGAGUGUAGGAAAAGCUUCACUCAUGGAUCAGCCCUUUCUAGACAUCAAAGGAGUCGUCUCUUUCCUAAACAGCAGUUAGAACAUAAGAACAGUCACACUGAGUCAGACAAGUUCAUCUAG